AAAACACAUCAAUGUCUGACUGAUAAGAAACUGAAAUGUUGCUUUUUCAACUUACAUUUAGCAUGUGGCUUACUAACGGUCCUGCAGUGGUAGAUUCUCAGAAGCAGGGGCCUGAAAAACUUCGUUUAAAAAACAGUAACAACCCAUGUUCUGGAAGAUUAGAGGUAUUGUAUAAUGGCCAGUGGGGACUCGUUUUCCACAGUAAAUGGAGGCAAACAAACAGUGAAGUUGUCUGUAGACAGCUGAGAUGUGGUAGUGAAGUAACAACACAGUUUGGUCUCAACUUUGAUUCUGAAUUGCCAAAUAAAAUCUUUGAAUCGGAUGUCUUCUGCAAUGGUGAUGAAGAAUCCCUUUCCAGAUGCUACAAAAAUAACUGGGAAAUCAAAACAAAUAUUUCCAUCUUUAAUCAUGUUAACAUAAAGUGCUCAGAACAAGUGUCCUUAAGUCUUUCUGGUGGUGAUCAUCCCUGUGAAGGACGAGUGGAGAUCACAUACAAAGAGAAGAAAGGAAUCAUUUGUGACAAUAAUUGGGGUAUAAAUGAAGCAAAUAUUGUAUGUAAGGAAUUGCAGUGUGGAACUGCAGCAUAUGCUUACAAAGGUGGAGAAUAUGGCAAAGGUCCAGAUAAGGUUUGGAUUAAUACAUUAAACUGCAGUGGAAAUGAAGAUUUUAUUUGGCAUUGUGGCAAUAAAGAACAGAAAAUAUGUCAGUCUAAUGAUGUCAGUGUGGUUUGCAAUGGCAUGACGAAGGUGAUGUUGGAUGGGGAUAACACAAACUGUACUGGGACACUGACAGUUUUGGAAGAUGGUAAAUGGAAGCCAUUGAGUACUGCUAAGUACACCUUUAAAGAUCAAUCUACUAAUUGUUCACAGAAGAAAUGUAAGGUUGUAAGUAAGAACAGCAGCUUGGAGUCUGUCAGUCUUACAUGCUCAGAAAAAUUGAAAGUGUCUUUAUGGAAUGAACGGGACACUACCAAGGAGUGCUAUGGCACAGUUUAUGCAUCGACCAAUCAUACAACAAUGCCAGUUUGUUCCAACAAAUGGGACGAACUUGAUGCAAAAGUAGUUUGUAAGGAGCUUGAAUGUGGCACGGUUAUUUCUUUUGGCCUAGCCCUAAGAGAGGAAAAUGGAAUACGUGACUACUUUCGCUGCACUGGCAAUGAGUCAGGUCUGUGGGAGUGUGGUUCCCAGCCUGCACCGAAAGAGCCUUGCAGACCAGCCACUGUGGUGUGCAAAGAAAGUGUGAAGUUACGCUUUGCUAAAGGAGAUGCCUGGACAUGUGCUGGAAGAAUAGAGGUGUCUGUGAAGGGUAACUGGGAAUCAGUAUGUAACGAUAAGCUUAAUCUUAUUAAGCUGUGCAAAACACUGGAAUGUGGCAAUGAAAUUAAAAAAAAGGAUGUAUUUGGAAAAGGUGCAAGAACAAAUCAGGAUAUCUGUACCUUUAUACCAGAGCUGUGUGAAAAAGACCCGAAGAUGUUGUACAAUAGCGAUGAAGACAUUGGCAUCAUUUGUCAAAAGCACAAGAGGCUACAACUGUCUGAAGGCAACAGCUCUUGCUCUGGCCUUGUUGAGAUCUUUCAGGAUGACAAAUGGAAAAGACUGAAAGGAGAUCUAUGGGACCUUUCAGCUGCCACAGCUGUAUGUCGGCAGCUGCAAUGUGGAACAGCCCUGAGUAUAGAAAGAAAGGAAGAAAAUAGCACAGUGCCAUUCUGGAAUGAGACCUUCAGAUGUACUUCUAAUGAAAAAUCUUUAUUUGAUUGUCAAGUAAUACAAAAUCAUCUUAAACAAAAUAUGUCUGCUUCAGUGACAUGUUCAGGUACAGUGUCAGUGAGACUUGAUGGAACAAUGAGUAACUGCUACGGAUAUGUGGAGGUGUGCUUUGGAUCAACUUGUCACCCUCUUUGUUCAGACAGCUGGAGUAAAGCAGAAAGUCAAGUGAUAUGUCGAGAACUGAAAUGUGGUGAUCCAGUAGAGGUGAACACAUACACAGAAACUGCCCAAAAGGGGCAAUCUUUGAAAUCUGUCCACUGUAACGGCGAUGAGAGGUUUUUUGGUCAUUGUCUCUUUAUGGAUAAUGCUACAAAAUGCCAAAAAAAUAAUAAGGCAUAUGUAGUUUGCACAGAGAGUGUGAAGCCUCGAUUGGUGGAUGGUGAACACCGCUGUUCUGGAAGAGUGGAACUCUUUUACUCUGGAACCUGGCAGUCAGUGUGUAGUAAACACUUUAAUACACAGUUCGGAAAUGCAUCAUGCAAGCAGUUAAGAUGUGGUGAAUAUGAUCAGCAUUUUACUUAUGUCACCAACAAAGAAAAAAGUGCAUUACAAAUUAAAGACUGUGCUGAGGACGUUAAAACACUCUCUGACUGCUUACAGAUGAGCCAGCAGUCCUGUGGUGCCCCCAAUCUUGGUCUACAGUGUUCUGAAAAUAUGGACAUAAUUCUUCAGGACUCAAGUGGCAAUAACCCCUGCUCUGGAAGAGUGAUGAUAAGGUAUCAAAAAAGACUGAAGCCAGUGGUCAGUAUGGGAUGGACAAUAUCAGAAGCAACAGUUCUUUGCCGACAGCUGCAUUGUGGAAAGCUAUUAGAUGUGAAAGAGGAAACUGAGAACUUUCACAAUUAUAAAAACUGGAUGGAAUUUCAGUUUAAAUGUAAUGGCAAUGAAAGCAGUAUCUGGGAUUGCCAAACUUAUACUCAGAAUCUCAUCUUUAAUACGCCUGUCUAUGUGACUUGUACAGGUAGAGAAUAUUUUUAUUAAUAUGCCAAAGGAGUUAAUAUUUAAAAAAACUGUACCACUUUAAACAAUUGGUAUAUCUUUAUUAAAGCAGGAACAAUGUUGAUUCAUGUUAUGCAUUUUCAAAAUCUUCUAAUAUUAAGUCAAAUACAGAACACAU